AUGGAAGGUCUAGGCGCAGCAUGGAAUGUUGCUAAUGUGACAAAAGGAUCAACUGGGGUGAUAUUUGGUCUCGGAACUGUUGGCCUUUCUGUUGCACAAGGUGCAAAACUAAGGGGAGCAUCUCGAAUAAUUGGCGUGGAUAAGAAUCCACAUAAGUGUGAAAAAGGUGCCAAAAUCAGUCCUGAAAUCGAUCUGAAUAUUGUUUUUUCACCUAGCACAAUCCUUGGAUCAUUAUUUGUUAUUGUGUUUGUUGUUGCCGCAGCAAAAGCUUUUGGAUUUACAGAAGUUGUUGACGCGAGUUCCUACCAAGAACCUAUUGCUCAAACAGGGGUAUUGCCUCCGUUUGUACCUUUUGCGCAAGCAUUUGUAGCUGUACUCACAGCUGUUCUUACUGGUUCUCUCUAUUAUGUGGCUGCCUCGCCCAAAGAUCCCACUUAUGUUGUGGCACCUGUUUUGCAAUCUCGCUCGGGCUGUCAAGAUUUGAAAAAGCUGUUUGAAGCAUGGUAUGAGAAGCGCCAAAUGAAAAAGAUAUAUUCCCCUCUUCUUGAAGGACUUCUUGCCCUCUACUUGGGUUUUGAAUGGAUUCAAACAAAUAACAUUCUAGCUCCCAUUAUCACACAUGGCAUAUACUCAACGGUUAUAUUGGGACAUGGCCUUUGGAAAAUUCAUGACCACCGGCGUAGACUACGGCAAAGAAUCCAACAGCUUAAAUUAGAAGAAAGAUAUUCCAAGUAG